ACCGUCUGCUCACCUCUCCCCCGCUUCUUCACCUUCCACUCAUCUUUUCCUCUCCAUCCAUACCUACCUACCUACCUACGCGACCUUCUUCUGACCGCCUUAUCCAUCCGACCUCGCCUUGGAUCUAUACCCAAUCUUCGACAUCCCCACACCUACUCUCUCCGCAUUUUCACCCCACUUGCCUCGAUAUAUCUGCCUUGUCCUACCCUUCACUCCCUCUCCAACACACUACAGACCGCCAUCAUGGUUCGCAUAGAAACCAAAGAGUACCUCUGUGAAGAGGAGAAACGCUUGAAGCAGGACCGCGACCGGAAAGCCUACUGGAAACACUGGGGCUCUUAUCUCGCCGAAAGGCAGUGGGCCACCGUUCGCGAAGACUACUCACACGAUGGUGAUGCAUGGAGUCAUUUUACCCAUGACAUGGCCCGCUCUCGUGCCUUCCGUUGGGGUGAGGACGGCAUUGCUGGUGUAUGCGAUACCCACGGCCGUCAAAACAUUGCCUUUUCCUUCUGGAACGAAAAAGACGAUUUCCUGAAGGAGCGGCUCUUUGGUCUGUCCAACCCUCAAGGAAACCAUGGCGAAUCCAUCAAAGAAUGCCACUUUCACCUCGACAACACUCCUACCCACUCGUACAUGAAGUUUCUUUACAAAUACCCCCAACGCAAAUUUCCUUACGAAGACCUGAUCAAGGAAAACGCCAAACGUAGCAGGCUCGAGAAUGAGUACAACCUUCUGGAUACCGGUAUCUUCGAUGAUGACCGGUACUGGGACAUCUUCAUUGAGACGGCCAAGGAAGCAGACGAUUCAGAGGAACUGCUGUUCCGAGUGACAGCCUACAACCGCGGCCCGGAGCCUGCACCUCUGCACAUUGUACCCCACAUGUGGUUCCGCAACACUUGGGCGUGGGGGCACGAGGGGCCUGAGAAGAAGCCGUCCAUCGACAAGGUGAGCGAAACAACGGCGCACUCAAAGCAUUGGAAGUUGGGGGAGCGUUACCUCCAGCUUUCACCCUCACCUGGCACCGGAGAGAGCGCCGAGGAUAUCCAACCACAGCUCUUGUUCACGGAAAACGAUACAAACUACAAACACCUCUGGGGUGGCGAGAACAAGACCCCAUACGUCAAGGAUGGCAUUCACCGACGCAUCGUGGACGAGGACAAGGACGCUGUCAAUCCCGAGAACAAAGGUACAAAGUGUGCCGCCUGGUAUGCAUUCGACGAGGGCGAGGGUGUGCCGCCUGGUGAGUGUGCUGUGGUCCGAUUCAGACUAUCCCGCCGAUAUGAUGGCUAUCUUGACGAAGAGCUCUUCGACGACACCAUGGAGCAACGCCGCGCUGAGGCUGACGAGUUCUACUACCGUAUCAACCCUCUACCUGUAGCUGAUGAUCUUCGAAAUAUUCAACGCCAGGCCCUCUCGGGCAUGCUUUGGUGCAAACAAUAUUAUCACUUCAUUUGGGACCAAUGGGCCAACGGCGACCCCGGUAUGCCACCCCCUCCAGAGAACCGAAAAGCCAUUCGGAACAAGGAAUGGAAGCACAUGUACCUCGACGACAUUUUGUCAAUGCCCGACUCCUGGGAAUAUCCCUUUUUCGCUGCAUGGGAUAGCGCUUUCCACUGUAUACCGCUCGCAAUGAUUGACCCCGAUUUCGCCAAGAAGCAGCUUGAUCUGUUCACCCGCGAGUGGUACAUGCAUCCAAAUGGCCAACUGCCGGCCUACGAAUGGAAUUUUGGGGAUGUCAACCCCCCAGUACACGCUUGGGCCCUGUUUAGGGUCUUCAAGAUUGAGCGCAAGAUGUAUGGUCGUGAAGAUUUCGAUUUCCUCGAGACUGUCUUCCAAAAGUUGCUGCUCAACUUCACCUGGUGGGUUAACCGGAAGGAUGCCGACGGAAACAACAUUUUUGAGGGUGGCUUCCUGGGCCUCGACAACAUUGGAGUUUUCAAUCGUUCGGAUCCGUUGCCCACGGGCGGCACGCUUGAACAAGCCGACAGCACGGGCUGGAUGGGCUUUUACUGCCUGAACAUGCUCAACAUCUGUCUUGAGCUGGCCAAGCGUCGCCGCAUAUACGAGGACAUGGCGUCCAAGUUCUUUGAACAUUUCAUCGCAAUCAGCGACGCCAUGCAAUUCCGUUCUGGUGGUGAAGAGAAGCCGCUAUGGAACGAGGAAGACGGUUUUUACUACGAUGCCAUUACAUGGGGUGGUCCUUGGAGCCAUCAGAUGCCGGUUCGGUCGCUCGUCGGACUUAUCCCACUGUACAGCACUCUGACGCUGGAACCCGAGGUCAUCGACAAACUCCCCAGCUUCAAAAAGAGACUUAACUGGUUCAUGGAAAAUCGAAAGGAGACAGCUGAACGCAACAUUGCAUCAUUGAAAAAGCGUGGAAAGGAUGACCGUCUUCUUCUUGCGCUCGUCAGCGAGGAUCGCCUGAAAAGGAUUUUGAAGCGUAUGCUGGAUGAGGCUGAAUUUCUAGGAGACCAUGGCAUCCGCUCCCUGUCCAAGUAUCACAAGGACCACCCGUAUUCAAUGGACGUGAACGGGCAGAAAUACGAGGUCGCCUACCUCCCCGGAGACUCGGAUAGCGGGCUCUUUGGAGGCAACAGUAACUGGCGUGGACCCAUUUGGCUGGCCGUCAACUUCCUUCUAGUUGAAUCGAUCCAACGAUUCUUCCUCUUCUAUGGCGACGACUUCAAAGUAGAAUGCCCCACGGGAUCGGGCGACUAUAUGCAUCUUGGCCAUGUUGCUGAAGAGUUGCAACAUCGUCUACAACAUUUGUUUGCGCGCGGUGAUGACGGCAGGAGAGCCAUCAACGACGGGAACGAAACACUGGACUACGAUCCCAACUGGAAGGAUCAUCUAUGGUUUCAUGAGUUCUUUGACGGAGAUACUGGCCGUGGACUGGGAGCAACACAUCAGUGUGGUUGGACUGGCUUGAUCGCGAAGAUGAUUCACGAUACUGGCAUGACUUGUCGUCUGCCACAGACACCUCGCACCCCAACAGCCGCGGCGGCCCAUUACUUUGACGACAUCUGGUCUUCCCAGGGCAAGCCAAAGAAACCUUCCAACCUUCGUCGUUCUUCAACCCGUAGCAUUGGCUUUAGGAGCGAUUGGGGCGAAACAUCGACAAACGGCGAAGACGACCCGGAGCCGAUAAAACGUACCAACUCUAUUGGAUAUCUCGAUGCCGAUGCGCUCCAGCGUAAAGCAGAGAUGGAUAAGCAUGUCGCCAACUAUGUCAGCGAUCAAUUGGCCCGGGUCAAGAGUGGCGAUGCUGGUGAAGUCGACGCAGGCGAGUUUGAAACGACGUUAGACGGUGCAGAUGAUAGUUACUUUUCUCGGUAG